UAUGAUGUAUUGAAAACAUAUUUCUAUAACGUUGUUGUCAUAUUUUAGUGUUAAUUAGAUAUAUUUCUGUAACGUAGGUGCCAUUUUAUACAUUUUUACACAAGUAAAAGCUGCCUUCAUUGUAGCAUUUUCAGCUGAUGUUUAAUGGCAAAGUUUACUUAAGUAUAAAUAAUGUCUGUUGAACACUUUACCUUGACAUAUUUACUCAUGAUCAGAAUAUUUACAGGUGAAAAUGCUGUCUACCAGGAUUGUUCUUCUUAUCUUCAUUGGACGUUUGUCUACAUGUACUGGAGGACUUUUGAAAAUCAACGCCGGCACGAUAGUCAUUCCGUGCAGCCUGAGCGCAUAUGAUGCUGAUAAAGAUGGCCUGGUUACUGAAGAGGAAGUUGAAAAAUUCUUUUUAGAUAAAGACAACACGGAGGAAGUUUCGAAAACUUGGAGGGAAUCUUUCUUUGAGCAGUUCGAUUUAAAUCACGAUCACCUCGUGCAAGUGGAGGAAUUUUAUCUGGAUAAGGCGUAUCAAGAAGACUGUAUCUUAUCUGCUCUGAUGAAAGGGUGAAGAUCGUGCAAAAUUCAAUCCGCCAGAUGUUAUUUAAUUGUAACUACAUGUACAAUAUAUGUUACAACAUGUAAUGUCGAAUACGCGAGUGACAUAUAUUCCUCGUGGAUAGAAUAAAGAAUGUACAUGAGUAUUA